AUGGGUGGCAUCGUCGAAACGGUGCUUGAGCACUCCUCGCCUCUGAAUCUGGCCGUUGCAAUUGUUGCCGUGUUGGCAAUCAUUUGGAAUACAACAUGGCUAGCAGAAGAGAUUAAGGUUCGCCGACUUGGUGGGCACACCCGCCGAGCUCAGACUUAUCUGCCAUUCCAACUCGACCUGAUCGGCCGCGCUAUUCAUGGAACAAUCAACCACAGAAAUCUCCAAACAUGGACACAUUGGUUUUCGACGCCCAAAGGUCCAAACUACACCGUUGAAGCCCGUCCUCUUGGUCGCCGUCUCAUCUUUACCGCGGAUCCGGAAAAUAUAAAGACGAUUCUCGCAACCCAAUUUACGGAUUAUGGCAAAGGCAAACCUUUCCAUGAAGAAUGGAAGCAUUUCUUGGGGGAUUCAAUCUUUACAACAGAUUUGGAUCAGUGGCACGAUUCGCGGCAGUUGAUUCGACCGCAGUUCAUCAAGGACCGUGUUAGCGAUUUGGGGAUCUUUGAGGAACAUAUACAGAUUCUUAUGAAGCAGAUGGUCAAGGAGGGCACAACAUCCGACGGGAAGCAGGGAAAGCCAUUUGAUAUCAGCGAAAUGUUGUUCCGCUACACGUUGGAUGCUGCAACACACUUCUUGCUUGGGAGGAGUGUCGGAAAUCUCGAAAACCAUGAAGUAGCGUUUGCAGAGGCAUUUGGCGAGGUCCAGAAAUGGCAAAAUAUCAUUGCUCGAUCUGGCCCAAUGAACAAACUCGUCCCUAGAAAACAAUUCUUCAAACACCUCAAAACGCUCAAUGAGUUUGUCGAGCCAUUCAUCGACGAAGCCCUCGCGCUCUCCCCUGAGGAAUUGGCCACAAAAUCAAAGUCAGACGAAGGAUAUACCUUUCUCCAUGCCCUAGCAGCCUUUACCCGUGACCGAAAAGUCCUUCGCGAUCAACUCGUUGCUGUUCUACUCGCUGGUCGUGAUACCACGGCCUCCACAUUAUCCUGGACAUUUUACGAGAUAUCUCAACGUCCCAAGAUAGUCGAGAAAUUAAGAGAAGAGAUCAUUCAACACGUUGGAUUGGAGAGGGCACCAACGUAUAACGAUCUGAAGAAUAUGAAGUACUUGCAGAACGUGAUGCAUGAAACCCUCCGCCUCUACCCCUCCGUGCCAUUCAACGUUCGUCUCGCCCUAAAAGACACAACUCUCCCCCGUGGGGGCGGACCCUCCGGUCUCGACCCCAUCGGCAUCCCCAAAGACACACCCAUCGGCUACAGCACCAUCAUCAUGCAACGCCGUCCCGAUCUCACUCCAGACUCUCUCACCUUCUCCCCGGAACGCUGGGAGACAUGGCAGCCCAAACCCUGGCAAUACAUCCCUUUCAACGGUGGACCCAGGAUUUGCAUUGGUCAACAGUUUGCGCUCACCGAGAUGGGAUACACGCUUGUGAGACUUAUGCAGAGGUUUGAGAGGGUGGAGUCGGAUAUGCUGAGGCGGGAUGGAGGAAAUCCGACCCUCAAGGCGGAAAUUGUUUUGCAGCCUGGUGACGGAGUUUUUGUGAGCUUUUAUGAUAGGAAGGGCGGUGAGAUGAGCGAGAAGUAG